AUUUUAAAGAGUCUUUUUUUCUUUUUGUCAGAUUAUGUCUACUUCGAAAAUUCUUCAAGUAACCCCUAUUUGAUACGAAGAAUAGAAGAGCUCAAUAAGACUGCCAAUGGGAACGUGGAAGCCAAGGUGGUGUGUUUCUACAGGAGGAGAGACAUCUCCAGCACGCUCAUUGUCCUGGCAGACAAACAUGCAAGAGAAAUGGAAGAGGAGAUGGAAAAUCCAGAAAUGGUUGAUUUACCAGAGAAACAGAAGCAUCAGCUACGACACCGUGAGUUGUUUCUCUCACGACAGCUGGAAUCUCUGCCAGCCACACACAUUAGAGGCAAAUGCAGCGUUACUCUGUUAAAUGAGACAGAAUCCCUUAAGUCGUAUCUGGAACGGGAGGAUUUCUUCUUUUAUUCACUAGUGUAUGAUCCUCAACAAAAGACUCUGCUUGCUGAUAAAGGAGAGAUUCGAGUUGGAAACAGAUACCAGGCAGAUAUAACAGACUUACUAAAAGAGGGUGAGGAUGAUGGAAGAGAUCAGUCAAAACUUGAAACAAAAGUUUGGGAAGCCUUUAACCCACUAGUAGACAAGCAGAUAGACCAGUUCCUGGUGGUAGCACGGUCUGUUGGUACUUUUGCCCGAGCCCUGGAUUGCAGUAGUUCUGUCAGACAGCCAAGUUUGCACAUGAGUGCUGCAGCAGCCUCCAGGGACAUCACACUGUUCCAUGCUAUGGACACUUUGCACAAAAAUGUCUAUGACAUUUCCAAGGCAAUCUCUGCACUUGUGCCACAAGGUGGGCCAGUCCUGUGCAGAGAUGAGAUGGAGGAAUGGUCUGCUUCAGAGGCAAACCUCUUUGAGGAAGCACUAGAAAAAUAUGGAAAAGAUUUCACUGACAUUCAGCAAGAUUUUCUCCCAUGGAAGUCCUUAACAAGCAUUAUAGAAUAUUACUAUAUGUGGAAAACUACAGACAGAUAUGUUCAGCAGAAACGAUUGAAAGCAGCAGAAGCAGAAAGCAAGCUAAAACAAGUGUAUAUACCCAACUAUAACAAGCCAAACCCCAACCAGAUCAAUGUAAAUAAUGUCAAACCAGGAGUGGUGAAUGGUACUGGAGUCCAGGCACAGAACGCGGGAGCAGGACGGGCCUGUGAGAGCUGUUACACCACCCAGUCUUACCAGUGGUAUUCUUGGGGUCCCCCUAACAUGCAGUGUCGCCUCUGUGCAUCCUGUUGGACCUACUGGAAGAAAUACGGUGGCUUGAAAAUGCCAACACGCUUAGAUGGGGAGAGGCCCGGACCAAACCGCAAUAAUUUGAGUCCUCAUGGUGUGCCAGUACGGAACAGUGGCAGUCCCAAGUUUGCCAUGAAGACACGACAAGCUUUCUAUCUGCACACAACAAAACUGACCAGAAUUGCCAGACGUUUGUGUCGAGAUAUCUUGCGCCCUUGGCACGCUGCAAGACACCCCUAUCUGCCUAUCAACAGUGCAGCCAUCAAAGCAGAAUGCACAGCACGUUUACCUGAGGCAUCAGAAAACCCAUUGCUAUUAAAGCAAGUGGUUCGAAAGCCUUUAGAAGCAGUACUCCGGUAUUUAGAGUCUCAUCCAUGUCCUCCAAAACCAGAUCCUGCAAAGAGCUUGUCCAGUUCUCUCAACAAUCUGACUCCUGCUAAGUUUACACCUGUCAUUAAUAAUGGGUCCCCAACUAUCCUGGGAAAAAGAAGCUAUGAACAGCACAAUGGAAUGGAUGGCAACAUGAAGAAGCGCCUGUUGAUGCCUAGCAGGGGAACUUACUUAGGUCUGCCUAACCACGGACAAACCAGACAAAUGGGACCAAGCCGAAACUUGCUGCUCAAUGGGAAAUCAUACCCAACAAAAGUCCGAUUAAUUCGUGGUGGAUCCAUGCCUCCGGUGAAAAGGAGGAGGAUGAACUGGAUUGAUGCACCAGAUGAUGUUUUUUACAUGGCCACUGAAGAAACCAGGAAAAUCCGCAAGCUGCUCUCCUCCUCGGAAGCCAAGCGAGCCGCCAGACGCCCCUACAAGCCGAUUAUCCUGCGGCCCAUGCAGGCGGUGCAGCUCCGCCAGCCCAUGAACGAUGAGCCCAUCAUCAUCGAGGAUUAACGGCGGCAAUCUCCUGCAGCACCUACUCGAGUUUCCAUGGCUACAGCAUUGAGCUAACUGUUGAAGAGAGGGAACUUUUGAGGAACUGUUUUGCAUCUUUUAAACCCUUAAAAGGAACUCAGCCCUGCUCUGAGCCUCUGACCACAGACUGCUCUCUCUCUCUGUCUCUCUCUCUCUCUCUUGCACUCUCUCCUAUCUUUUUUUCUUAUUUUUU